AUGAAGCCCCGGUUAACGCGUUCAACGACAGCCGUUACGAAACCUUGAGGGGGAGGUUAGCACGUGCUCGGGUUGUCAUCCCCCGACUUUACCCUACCCAUGAACGGGCACAAUCCAACCACUGACGACUGAACGAACCCCAAGGCAUCUUCAAUCGCUCUUCGCCAUCGCCAAAUUACAGAAUAACGUGAAGUCUUCGUCCUCGAAACGCGCCUUCAAUGCGUCGGCUCGUCUAAGUUCGAAUUGCCGCUUCCCAAGGCGUCGAAGCGUCCCGCACGUUCACCUCGAUCCGACCACAACCAACUCGUCAUGGCCGCGUCCCGGCGAGGCCAGCCCGAGCUGCGCGUCGGGCUCCCACCUCCAUCCCCGGGCACCCUCUCGUUAGCGGCGCUCCCCGAGUUCCCUCCCAUCUCGGCCCUGUUCCUGAUCGAGUUCGACGUGAAGGCCGGGUACACACUGUCGUGGAAGGCGGCGCAACCGGGCGUGGAGCUCGAGGGCGUCGUCGAGUACAAGUCGCUGCCAUCGGGGCUCCAUACCGUCUCCGAGGACCUCAUCUACUUCGUUCACGAUGGCUUCGCGGGGCUGAGCGCCUUUGUCAAUGCGCCGUGUGAGGACAGCGAGGUGAGGAAUGCGCGCAUGCUGGCCGUCGGUGUGCUGGUGCCGCUGAGCUAUGGACGAUUGGGCAGGGCGUGGAGACAUGCUGAGUCGUUAAAGGACAUGGCCUCGAAACUUGCUGCCAAUGGUAAGGAGAUGGACGUACUACAACAGUACUGGGAAUCGCACCAAGCAGCGCGUGUCGAGAAUGUACAGCAGACUGCGAUGGCUUCGAAGGAAUCCCUAGAUACCGCAUCUGUUACCUUCCAGGAGCAGCCGAAAACACCGCGGCGGCAUGGCCAUACUAGGAACCGGUCUGCCAGUGAUGGGACGGCGUUACUACUGCCAGGACACAAGCUUUCGCCUUUUCACCCAGCGUGGAGCCUCACGGCUUUGCUGGAUACCUUUGGACCCCUGAUAUUUCCUAUACAUCGCGCCGCGUUACUUAGGAAACGUAUUCUCGUAUCUGGGCAUGCUCCUGUACAAGAAAUGUGCAACUUUGUCUACGACAUAUCCAUAUUCUCCAACAUCCCACUCCAAACAUAUGAUCUGCUACCGCCCGACCGACCAGCGCCCCGGUUGCGGCCCUUGUUCACCGUUGGCGUGCAUGACAUACCACUUCUCGUAGAGGAGGCGAAGCCAGUAAGACCCGACGACCAGCCCACAGACCGAGAACCUGAGUUGGGCACCGGGUGGAUCGCCUGCACCACAGAUAGUAUACUUGCCAUGAAGGAUACUCUUUGGGACAUGUUGAUAACCAUGCCUGCGCCCCACGCCCCGGCAGCCAAGGACCACGUCUGGCCCAGUGUUGAGUGCCCACGCGGGACGCCUAUCAAAGCGACGCAACGAGAUCUACGUCGUUUCCACGCCCUCAAAGCCGGCCUCAAGCGCAUGCAAGUUAGCGACACCGCUGUAGAGAGCCCACCCACUACACCUCGUCAACCACAAUUAUCUCGAAGCACAGCUGAAAACGAGCACUGGCUAGAUGACGCUGAGCAGAUCAUCGAGCCGCUUUCCUGGUCCGCACUGGCGUACAAUGGCUUCAUGUGGUGGGCGUCAGCAGGGGAGCAGACACGGUCUGACGAAGCCGAGGAAUCGGCUCAGGAUGCCGCAUUGCUAGCUGAUAUUCCCGCAUCGAUGAGCAUGAGCGUUCCCCGUUCGGCAGACCUAUCGACGCCCAUCACGUCCCUCAACCCGCGGCGUCUCUCGUCGACCAUGGGGUCCGUCUCCCUGGCACCAGAGGAGGCACGCACCGAAGUGGCUAUUGUCCAGUACUUCCACCGUCUGACAUCGCAGAUCUUGAAGAAGGUUGCGGACGUGGUGGAGGACCACACCGAUUGUGAGGAUGAGGAUAGUAAUGUAUCGGAUGAAGAAAUUCUGCUCGGACCGGGCGAGGAGGAGCUCGAGGGGCGGGGUGUCAGAAUCAGUACUGAUGCGCUCAGGAGCAUGGGGCUUGAUAUUUGGAGUGCAAGUGAUGCGGAAUUUGUCAAAGAGGCGGUGGUCGUCUACUUUGGGCGGGAGGCGUUUGUUGAGGGUAAGGGUAUCGAUGUAUGCGGUGUGCGAGUAUGUUAAUAUGAACUUGCGCACGUCUGCUAAUGCUUGUAAGCUGGGUGAUGGGUAGGAUCGAAUGCAUCAUAGAGGAUGAGAUAUUAUACUUUGGAAUAGCGCCUCGAGGGAAUAUCAACUUAGAGACGACCUGCCAGCUUUUGGCGGGCUGGGGAGGUUAAUACGUUAUAUCCAUAGCGUCUUAUGUUGUUGUACACAUUGGGGACUAUUCUUUACGGGU